AUGUCAACGUCAUGGAUACCUUUAGAAUCCAACCCGGCGGUGAUGAACAAGUUUUUGCAAAACUUGGGAGUACCAAGUGAAUGGGAAAUAUGUGAUAUUUUUGGAUUUGGGCCCGAUGAACUUGCCAUCGUUCCUAGACCAGUUGCUUCUGUAAUAUUGUUAUUUCCGUACAAUGAUGCUUAUGAAAAGCGUAAGAAUGAAGAAGAAUUGAAAUUAAAAGAUAAAGGUCAACAAGUAUCAGAUGAUAUAUAUUUUGUCAAACAAUAUGUACACAAUGCUUGUGGAACCAUGGCUUUGAUUCAUAGUGUUGCGAAUAAUAGAGAUAAGAUAAAACUAAACGAUGGUAUAUUAAAACGUUUUUUGGACGAUGGAAAAAAUAUGUCUCCAAGUGACCGUGGUGAGAUGUUGACCAAAGCGGAAGAUAUGAUUAAUACUCAUAAGGAAAUUGCUACUGAAGGACAAACUGCGGCACCCAAUCCAGAUGAUGUACCACCUUAUCACUUUAUUGCUUUUGUUUGCAAGGAUGGAUGUUUAUAUGAAUUAGACGGUGGAAAGUUUGAUCCUAUUAAUCAUGGACCUACAAAGCCAGAUUCAUUGCUUGAAGAUACAGUUAACUUAAUCCAAGAAAAAUUUGUUGUUCAAGAUCCUGAUAGUAUUUACUUUACAUUACUAGCAUUGUCAAAUGUAUGUGAUGCUUACUAA